AUGGAGGCGGCGUUGAAAUUGCUGAUCGUCGUCGCGACGCUCGGCAGCUCGCGCGCCUACAACGGGACGGCUCGCCGCCUCGAGGGCGACGGCUCGCCCGCCUUCCUCGCCAUCGGCAGUUUCGACGAGAGCCACGCCGCGCGCCGGGCCCUGAUCCGUCGGACCUACGCCGCCGGCCUGGCGCCGAUGGCCGACUACGCCUUCUACGUCCAGAACGCGUCGGCGGCGGAGCUGCGCGACGCGGGCGACGUCGUCGCGGCGCCUCACGCCGACGUGUCGCGCUGCGGCUUCGCGGCCGAGGGCAAGGCCUGCCGGUCGGGCGAGGUCUUUUUAGCCGGCCUCGAGGACUACCUCCGCCGCUCGACGAGGCCCUAUGUCUUGGCCAUCGACGACGACGGCUUCCUGUGCCGCGCGGCGUUUCAGCGGGCCGCGAAAAUGCUCGUCCGCCGGGGCAAGACCGAGGGCUUCGUCGGCGGCACGUGGCAGCGCAAGGGCAAAGACCUCGUGCGGCCGGACCAGAACUUCGUGCUCCUGAGCCGCGACGUCGCGACUAAGGCCGCGGCCGCGCUGCGGAAAGCCUUUGCGGCGCUCGGCGCUUCCCAUAAAACCGGCACGCGCGACGCGGCGAAGCUCCUCGCGGCCCAGCGCUUCGCCAUGGACCUGCGGGACGCCGUACUCCACCCGCACCACAACUCGCUCGCGCUCCUCUACCAGCGGGAGCGGCCCGGCGGCGGGAGCUUCCGGGGAAAAGCGGAGCCGCUCUGCGCGCGGCGCGCGUGGGUCCACCUGUGCUGCUCGUCCGGCGGCACGGCCGCGCUCUGGGAGGACCUCCAGCGCGGCGCCGACGCGGCGCAGGGGUCGUCGUACCCCCUCGUGCGCGGGUUCCGGAAGUUGACGGCGAAGGACGCGUUCCUGCCGCGGAAGGUCGAGCACUGCGGCGCGAAGCUCGCGACAAAGUCGUGCAUACACUGCAAGGCCUCCGCGGAUCCGCCGGAGGUCGCGCGGACCUGCGCGUCGGAAACCGCGCCGCGCCUCGUCUUCUGGCACCUCGAGAAGGCCGGCGGCGAGUACGUCAUCUCGGAGCUGCGGCGCGCGCUCGGAGGCACGGACGCGUUCGACGUCGUCGACGAGCACUCCGUGCUCACCGCGGCCCGGCGCGAGCACAGCUUCACCGUCGGCGUCUCGCGCGAGCCCUGCGACUACUACGUCUCGGCGCGGGCCUGGGGGAAGACGGGCCGGGCGGAUUUCGGGCUCCCGGGCCCCGAGACGGCGGACCACGGCAAGGGCUGGUUCGCGCUGGCCGUCGGCGCGAAAGACCCGGCGGAGUGGCGCGACGUCUACGGCGACGGCCCCGGCGCCUUCGCCGCCUGGCUGCGGCGCGCGUCGCCGGAGCGCGAUGGCCCGCGCUGCGGCCUCCUGUCCAUGCGGCUCUAUACGGCGGUCGUCGCGCCGGAAGCCGCGGCCUCCAUCAACCCGCCGGGCUGCGAGAACGCGCGGCCGGCGAUCGCCGCGGGUGUGGGCUGCCCCUGCCCCCUCGCGGACUGCGCGGGCGCGGCGAAUGACGCCCAGCACGCGGCCUGCGCGGCGGCCCUCGAGACCGCGGAUCCGGCGGCGCUCUUCGACUGCCGGCUCCGCCUCGAGGCCGUCGACGCGGACCUCGCCGCGUGCCUCCGCAGAUUCGAGGCGCGCGGCGGCGCCGUGGCGCAUCCAAAGCCCGCCGGCGGGCCGCCGCCGAGCCGCGAGCGGCGCCACGCGGGCGACCGCGGGAGUUGCGGCGACGCGCACGACGCCGAGACGCGCGCGCUCGUCGCCGCGUCCGACGGCGCCUACGCGAGGCUCUUCGGCUACGAGGGCCGCUGCUGCGGCGGCGGCGCGGCGCAACCGGUCGCGCCGCCGUUGACGAAGACGUGCGUCGCGCUCCACGCGCAGCACAAGUCCGCCGGGAACACGUUGAAGCGGACGCUCGACGCGCACGCGCCCGCGUUCCUCGGCGCCGUCGGCGCGUUCGCGCGCUGCGACGACGCGAACUUCGACUGGGCGUCGAAGCGCUGCCCGGACCUCGAUCCCGCCGCCGGCGCGAACCGCUGGCUCAACGGGGGCUACGCGCUGUCGCACGCGGCCGCGGGCCCGAGCUGCGCCUGGAUCACGAAUUUCCGCGAGCCCGUCGCCCGCCUCGUCUCGGCCCAGUUCCACUGCACGCUCCACGACCACGACCCCCUCUGCGGCGACCGGCCGGCGGCCUGGUUCGCCGCCGCGAACGCGUCGCGGAUGGCGCGGUACUGGGGCAACUUCGGCUUCACGAACCUGCUGCUCGCGCCGCGCUUCGCGGGAACCGCGGCGCCGCGGCGCGACAUGCGCGCGCGGCGCCGGGACGGCGCCCCGAAGGUCUGGCAGCGGUGGCGGGCGGCGCUGGGCGGCGGCGACGACCCGCGGACCGAGGCCGGCGCGGCGAACCUCCGGCGCGUCGUCGCCGCGCUCGGCGACCUCUUCGACGUCGUCGUCGUCGUCGAGCGGUGGGAGGACUCCAUGGCCCUGCUCGACUGCCGCGUGCCGCUGCGCGACGGCACCUGGGCGGACCUCGCGGGCGCCCACCUGAACACGCACGGCAGCGAACAGCACGGCGACCGCGCGGCGGCCGCGCUCGCGGUCGCGCGCGCCGACCCGGCGGUGGCGGAGGAGAUCGCAGCGGACACAGCAAUCUACUCGGCCGCGCUGGCGCUCUUCGAGCGCAUGCGCGCGAGCACGGAGGCCUGCGCUUCCUAG